GAGCUGUUCUGCCAGGCCCAGGAAGCCGAUCCAGAGAUGGCGGUGGUGUGGGUCUUCCUACAGUCGGGGCAACGCCUGCCCUGGACUGCUGUGAUCCUGCACGGCCCCACCGUCAAGUCAUACUGCUCAUAGUGGGACAGCCUCGCCUUGAGAGGGGGGUUGUUGUAUUGGCGUUGGGAGGGGCCGGUGCACAGCCAAGUCCUGUGUUGCAGGGAGUGCAUGGACCUGUCGGCGUAGGGCACUUUGGUGUGAUGAAGACGCUGCACCGGCUGUGCCAGCAGUUUCACUGGGUGGGGUGCCGUCAAGAUGUGGAGCUGUUCGUGCACUGUUGCAAUACCUAUGCGGUGCGUAAGGGCCCCAGCGACCGGUCGCACGCCCCCCUGUAACGGCUUCGGUUGGGCGCCCCGAUGGAGUGGGUGGGCAUAGACUUGCUGGGACCCCUUCCCUGCACUGAUCAGGGGAACCGCUACGUGCUCGUGGCCAUCGACUAUUUUACCAAGUGGCCUGAGGCAUACGCAGUCCCGGGACCAGAAUGCUGCGACCUCGGCAGAGUGGUUGGGGGAAGAGAUGUUCCUCCAUUUCAGAGCACCGGAGGAGCUGCACAAUGACCAGGGCAGAAACUUUGAGUCACAGGUCAUGAAAGCGGUGUGUGAUCGGCUGGGGGGUGCAGAAGACGCGCACCACGCCCCUUCACCUGCAGAGCGAUGGUCUGGUGGAGCGUUUCAACUGGACGUUCAUCACACAGUUGUCUGCGCUCACCUCCCGACGACAGCGUGACUGGGAAAGACACCUGCCUCUGGUCCUGUGGGCAUGCCACUCUGCCGUCGAGGAGUCUACCGGCUGCACCCCCGCCCUGCUUAUGUUCGGAUGCGAGCUGAGGACUCUGUUGGACUUAGCUUUCAGCAGCCCCCUGGAGCCUGAGAUGAGGGGUGAACCAAGCCCGGAGUACCUUUGGCAACUGCAGCAACUGCAACCCUGCACACUUUCACAAGGUGCCAUCUGACAGAGGCGGGGGGCGGCAGAAGUGGGCAUACGACAUACAGUGUCACGGGUGCCCCCUGGCCCCAGGAGAUCAAGUGUGGGUCUACAACCCCCGGAGGAAACGCAGGCUUUGCCCUAAGUUCAUGGACAGUUGAGUAGGUCCCAGCGUCAUCCUAGACCAGCUGUCAGAUCUUUGUCAAGCCCCAGAAGAACUCGAGUUCCUCUUCUCUCGACCAAGGCCUUAUACAAGGCCCUGUGCUUAAGGAGGGUCUCUGCCUCGACCCCGGCCGCCGUGGUCUUACUCCACUUUACAGCAUGGCUGUAAUGAGCGGUCCGUGUCGCGGCAUUUGGCCUGGUGUUGGACCAGGACUUCAUCAACUUGCAUCGGAAGGGCCAACCAAAGACGCACGAAGUAGUGGUGGGGAUGCUGGAUCGGAGCUGCCAGUCGGUUAAAUAACUGGGAGAGGUAGAGACAAUCCAGCUUAAUGGGAAUAUCAAACACAUCCCUCCCUCCCUCUUCCUUUGGAAGAUGCAUGACCUCCCUCCUCACGUACUCAUCUCUGCCCCCCCAGACAAGGUUGAAAAUGUCCUUUGUAAGGGCUUUCUGUAUUGUGCGAGGCAAGGGGUACAUCUGCACAAGGUAGAGCAACGUGGAGAGGAUGUUCACCUUCAGCACAAAUGUUUUCCCUAUUAAGGAGAGGCACAUUGUCCUCCACAAACCCAUUUUCCGCCUGGCUUUAGUCAAACGUUUUAAUCUGAGAAAGGGGAAAAAAAAAAUAUAUGGAGAAAGAGAGGCACAGCACCUUGUAGCAUUGACCCAGCUCUUUGACUCAAGCUCAGUGUGUGUGGAUUUUGCAUGUUCUCCCCAUAUUCCUUUGAGUUUUCUCUGGGUCUCUGGUUUCUUCCAUCACUCCAAGGAUGUGUUUCAGCUCAACUGAUGUCUCUACAUUGCCCUACAUGUGUGUGAUUGCCUUGUGAUGGACUGCUGUCCCAUCCAGGGUGGAGAUGGUCCACUUCUGUCCAUUUUAAAGAAUAUGAUUCUGCACGCUGUAGCCUACUGUUGUGGGCUCAGUGUGUGAGGAGCAGUCAUUUGCCACCGCGGCUGGCAUGAGGGUGUGUCCUUACUCUUCAGGCACCACGGAGCCCCUGCAUGAAGGUAAUGAAUUUACAGAAGGUUACAGUCCAUACAUUUGGAUGGAGACAACAAUGACAGCACCUGGCUGUAAUUCAUGUAUAAUAAUUAAAGGCGCCAAUGCCGAAGCAGCCUUACGUGUGUGAUGCAUAUAACUCAUGUAAGUGUGUGGAGCUUUGCGCACACUGACACAGUGCACAUUUUUUAUUUGCGCUGUUAAUUUAUUUAUUUAAUUUCUUUAUUAUUUUUUUCUUCAUUAUUCCUCGCGGAGCGGGAGCGUACGGCCACGUGAGCUUGCACCGCGCGUGUGCACCCCACGUUCAUAAACGGUGUCAGUCGAUGGCUUGACCUUCGUUGGAAAGAAAGUGAGCGCAGCACAAGUGACACGAAUUAAACGGUACAACAUGGAGGCCGGCCGCUACGAGGUCCUGGCUGCUGUGGGUGAGGGCGCCUCCGGACGCGUGUUCAAGGCACGCGAGACUGGCGGCUGCCAGCGCCGCGUGGCCCUCGAGAAGGUCAGGGUCCUCGAGCAGAUGGAGGAAGGCGUGCCUGCCUUCGUGAUCCGCGAGGUGAGACUGCUGCGCAAGUUGGAGGCCUUCGACCACCCCAACGUGGUCAAGUUAUUAGAUGUUUCAGUUGAAGUCCAAAAUCAGACCUCAGAGCUGACUUUAGUGUUUGAAUAUGUUGAUCAAGAUUUGUGUGCAUUUCUUGCCUCGGUAGCAGAGACUGGUCUCAGCAGGUGGAAAAUUAAGGACAUAAUGUUACAGCUGCUGCGAGGCCUAGACUUCCUUCACACCAACAUGCUGGUGCACCGGGACCUGAAGCCGCAAAAUGUGCUGGUCAGCAGCCACGGUGAGAUCAAGAUUGCGGAUUUUGGUCUGGCGCGGAUCUACAGCCACCACAUGGCUCUCACGCCCAUCGUGGUGACCCUGUGGUACAGAGCUCCGGAGGUCCUGCUACACUCCGGCUACAUGUCCUCCGUGGACAUGUGGAGCACUGGCUGCAUCUUCGCUGAGCUCUUCCUCCUCAGACCCUUGUUUUGCGGCUAUUCUGACAUACAGCAGCUCCAGAAAAUCAUAGAUGUGAUCGGCCUGCCUGCACAGGAGGACUGGCCUACCGAGAGCCCCAUCCCGUACCCUGCCAACUGGAAGAGUGGUAAUACCUUAAAUCAGCUGCUGCCGAACUUGCACCAGGAAGAGAGGGACUUGCUCUUACAGUUUCUGGCCUUUAACCCAUCCAAGCGUGUCUCAGCCUUUGAGGCUUUGAGACACACCUUCCUGGCUGAGCAGUAGCACCGCUACCCAGGGACCCUAUGGCUGCUGAAGAGCUGGCGGAAUAGCGGUUAAUUCACGGCGGUACCUUCGCUCGAAGGAGAUGAGGACUGUUGCCAGUUGUUCACUUCAAUAAAAGUGUUAUUUCCUUUGUGAA